GCUAAAGCCUUUCCAUUGACCCGCCGCCUCUAGCCCUCUACGAUACGCCCUUUCCCGUCUCCGGAAGCUUCUUCCUUCUCGCCUCCGACCUCCGUCAUGGCCGGCGGCAACCUGUUCGGGCGGGCGCUGAGCUACGUUGUCAACGAGUUCCUCGUCGAGGGCCUCGCCAACAACCGUGCAUUCCAGAGGUUUGCUGUGAAGACCAACAGGACUCUUGAGAACCUAUCGUCUAAAGCUAAGGAAGUGAGGGAGGAAUUAUCCGAGCAAUUGAAGGAAGCUCGUGGCGAGAAAGAUCACUUCAAGCAUUGAAGCUGGUUCACACAUCGAUUCAACAAGAUGAUGCUGACAAUCUUGCUACUGAGUUUUUCUAGUCCUCGUCUGGGUCCCUAUUUAUGAAUAUGACAUCUGAAGGAAUUUUUGGAUGUCAUUCAAUUGUGGAACCGUUGUAUAGUCUUCAGUUUCUCUGCACUUGAUUAGUAGACGCGGAACACUAUCUCAUGUCCCAUGUAUAAUGCAUUUUAAUAAGAUGUACCUGUGUUUAUUUUUUAGUUAAUUUAGUUAAAAGUGUGAAAUGUAGAAUUGAACAACAUCUUGUAGAACUAUCUUAAUGCGUGCGGUAACCUUGAGUA